AACAGGCCCGAUAGGUGGGGUCGUCACAGCGGACGGAAUUUCAGAAUGCGACUGCACACAGAACAACGUAAAUGAUGGUGACAGUGUCAGCUCUGAGGCGCUGGGUGAACUAAGGAAAACGCUGCAGUCCUUGGUCAACGAAGUUCGUAAUGAGGGUUUUGAACUCACGUCCUUGAUCCGUCAGUCGCUCGCUUCAGCUCGAACCGAUCAGGCCGUAGGUGGGCAGUUAAGUAGCACGAACGAAAUGUCUCUCUCGGAGAGCGGAGACUGCCUGCCUGUGGCUUCAAAGUGCAUGGAUAACGGUGACAGGCAGCCGACCGUUGAUGUUGUUGAUCCCGAAGAAGCGGGUUUGUCCGCAAAGUUGCAGAUUAUUAGUCAAAACUUGCGAUCUCUGUUGGGGGAAGUUAAACAGGAUAGUAGCGAACUGGCAGCCCUGCUUCGCCUGUCGUUGCUAUCAGCAUCAUCAAAAGGUUCAUCCAGUGAUAAAACAGUUGCACCUGAGGUAGCACCACCACCACCCCUCCCUUCGUCUAGGGACUUGAAUGACAUUCAAAAAAAUGUUGACGACCUGACUAGCAGCGUCCGUUUGGAGGCCCGACAGAUCAAAUCCAUGGUCUGUGAAUCCUUGCGACGACGGUCGCUGAAGGAUGAUACCAAUUGGAACGCGGACUGCACCAACAAGCCUGAAGACCACACUUUGAUUUCUGCCCCGACCACAUGCAAUCGGUGUGCCCUGCUACCGCCAUCGAAGCGCGUUGAUUUCGACCUAAACGGUAUCAAAACGUGCAGACUCACAGAAAACGUCCUUCGGACAAGUACGGAACCUCAAACCGGCCUCACUGAGGGCCUCAAGCGGUUGCGACGGAGCAUCGGCGAUCUGGCAGAGGUAGUUCGUUCAGAAAACCAGCAAUUGAAGUCUGUCCUGCAAGAGUCAAUGAUGAGUGAUCACCCGCGUUCACAGCAGUUAUUUGCAGACAGGGAGAGCGACACGGCAUCCCCCCAAAGUGAAGAUUCCUUGAGGACAGAAAACCCUGUCAACAGCACCUGUCCCUGUCACGGUGUUGAGGCCACCAGAGACCUCAGCACGGGCGAGACGGAUGCGCUGAAAACUCUUCAGCAGGUCAGUGGACAAGAAACGAAGGCUUCCCUUCUGCGAAGACGGCUGCAUUCGUCCUUGGCGCACAGACUGCGUAAUUCCGUGUCCUCUCAAACAACUGCGGAAGAGAAGUUGGAAGAACUAAAGCGUACUGUCCGCUUUCUGGCCGAUGAGUUACGCACCGAUAGGAGGCAAACGAAGUCCACCGCAGCAGAGGAGUCGUCCCUGCGACCAAUCAUUUCAUUUCCGGUCACGAUUCAGGUGAAUGAUCAAACCUCCGUGCCGGUAGAAGCCACCACCACCCCCAUCCAGAGUGAGUCUCUGCCCGCU